AUAAAUAAUAAACGGGUAAAUGUUUUGAAAACUCAUCGUAUAAAAGGAGAAAACCCUAGAGCUUCAGAUUUUGCCAUCCGCCUCUUAGCACAGAACUUCUUCCCCGUCGAACUCUCUCUUCGAUUUACAGACCAGCAUCCAGAAUCAACGAUGGUUCUUUCAAACGAUUACGAUUUGCUCAACCCACCCGCAGAGCUCGAGAAGAGGAAGCACAAGCUCAAGCGCCUCGUCCAAUCCCCAAACUCUUUCUUCAUGGAUGUCAAGUGUCAGGGUUGCUUCAACAUAACCACCGUGUUCAGCCAUUCACAGACUGUGGUGGUGUGCGGCAACUGCCAGACUGUCCUUUGCCAGCCGACCGGUGGACGCGCUCGACUCACCGAGGGUUGCUCCUUCAGAAGAAAGGGUGAUUAAUUUACUUUAUAAUAAUUAUCUAUUUUACGACUCAGUGAAUGUUGAUUUCCUCAGUAAGAUUAUCGGACAAAGAUUUUGUUUUGUUUUUGGGGUUGAAUGUUUGUCUCGUUUUUAUUUCCAGUCCUCCGUUAAGGUUUAUCGACAUUUUCCAGGUUAUUUAACGAGAUAUGGGAAUGGAUCUUAUUUAAAAUCUCUUCUUUAUUGUUAGCUAACAGUUUGUUUUAUGUGUAUUUGAAUUGAUUUUUGCUGUGGU